AUGAAGGCUGUGCUGCUCGCUGUGUGGGACUAUAAAUCUGUCUUUGCCAAAGAGGAACUCUUGACGGAUUCAGACGAAGACAGAGCCACCAGACGAGCGAGACGGAAAGAAUGCCAUUUGAGAAGCGCGAAUCGAAUGCUCGAGGCUCUCAAGACCAACUCUGGAAUCUACGUCAAGAUUGGACAGCAUGUCGCGGCUGUUCAGCUUCUUCCUCAGGAAUGGACCUCUACCAUGCGCCCAUUGCAAGAUCAAUGUUUUCCCACUCCUAUCGAAAAGAUCAAUGAGAUGCUAGUGAACGACCUCGGAACCCGUUUAGACGAUCUUUUCAUCGACAUUGACCCUGUCCCCAUUGGUGUGGCAUCGUUGGCCCAAGUGCACAGAGCGACGGACAGAGAGACGGGCAAGCGAGUCGCAAUAAAGGUUCAGCAUCCUGAUCUUCAGGAAUUCGCCAAAGUCGAUAUGAAGACCGUCAACUUUGCCAUCGCGCUCGUCAAACGCAUCUUCCCAGACUUUGAAUUCUCAUGGCUGGGAGAGGAGAUGAAUGUCAUGCUUCCGCUGGAGAUGGACUUCAGACACGAAGCAUCCAACAGCCGACGGGCCCGUGGAAAUUUCAAGCAUCUCGAAGGCAAGACCAGCGUUUACUUUCCUGAGAUCCUCUGGGCCGAGAGGAGAUGUAUGGUCAUGGAAUUCAUCGAGGGUGCCCGAGUGGACGAUUUGGCCUACUUGAAGGAUCACAACAUUGACAGGAACCAAGUCUCGCAGGAACUCUCCAGGAUAUUCUCUCAAAUGGUUUAUAUGGAUGGAUAUUUUCACGCCGAUCCACACCACGGUAACCUCUUAAUUCGAUCUAAAGCGAAAGGCUCCAAGUCUCCAUACAAUUUCGAUAUCUGUCUCUUGGAUCACGGGCAGUACUUUGACGUUCCGGACGACUUGAGAGUCAAUUAUGCCAGAUUUUGGCUGAGCUUGAUUCAACGCACGUCAGAGUCCACGACAGCAGAGCGGAAAAAGUACGCCAAGCUAGUAGGGAAUAUCGAUGAUGAUAUGUAUCCGAUACUAGAAUCUGCCAUCACUGGUCGUAUCAACAUGUCGGAUGCUGGUAACGAGCAUGACAGCAUGGCCGGAUCCAGGCCAUCGUCUCUCUUGGAUGAGAAGCAUAUGGAUGAUAAAGAGAUCGCAAAGCUGAGAGCCGCCGUGAUGGAACGCGACGGUCUGAUCGUCUCCAUCUUCGAAUUGCUUCGGACAGUGCCGAGACGUCUUCUCAUGAUCCUGAAACUGUCAGAUCUUCAAAGAUCACUCGACCAAUCGCUCGCUACGACCCACGGUCAAAGCCGAAUCUUCUUGAUCGUAGCGAGAUACUGCGCAGAUGCCGUCUGGCGAGAUGAUCUCAUCAGAAUACGUCAAGCUUGGCGAAGGACAGGUUUCACACUCAAUCUCGUCAGCAACUUUGUCUCGGCUUUCUGGUCUCACGCAUAUUGGAGCAUGACUCUUGGAGUGGCAGAAUGGGGUAUGGAUGUCCGAGCCCGCAUCGUAAAGAUGGGCCUAUGGAUUCAUGGAUUACAGCAAGGUGGUCUUGCAAAAGCCAGAGAGCAAGCUGCGGGUCUUCAUUGA